GGCGCUGUCCUGGCUCCCGAGCAGGGAAGCAGCAGAGGAGGCGGCGCGGCGGGCCCCGGCCGAGGCUCGGGCGGGGCGGCGGGGGAGGCUGGCAGCGUCACCGGUAGCGCGGGGAGAGGGGCGCCGUGGGCUGAGCGCUCCCGGCGAGAGGAGUCCGCUCCAUGCGUGCGGGCCGAGCCCGGCCCCUGCGAGCCGCCGACAUGAAGAAAGACGUGCGGAUCCUGCUGGUGGGAGAACCUAGAGUUGGGAAGACAUCACUGAUUAUGUCCCUGGUCAGUGAAGAAUUCCCAGAAGAGGUUCCUCCACGGGCAGAAGAAAUUACCAUUCCAGCUGAUGUUACCCCUGAGAGAGUUCCAACACACAUCGUAGAUUACUCAGAAGCAGAACAGAGUGAUGAACAGCUUCAUCAAGAGAUAUCACAGGCUAAUGUCAUCUGCAUAGUUUAUGCUGUUAACAACAAGCAUUCUAUUGAUAAGGUAACAAGUCGAUGGAUUCCUCUCAUAAAUGAAAGAACGGACAAAGACAGCAGGCUGCCUUUGAUACUGGUUGGGAACAAAUCCGAUCUGGUGGAAUACAGUAGUAUGGAGACCAUCCUUCCCAUUAUGAACCAGUACACAGAAAUAGAAACCUGUGUGGAGUGUUCAGCAAAAAACCUGAAGAAUAUAUCAGAGCUCUUUUAUUAUGCACAGAAAGCUGUUCUGCAUCCUACAGGGCCUCUGUACUGCCCAGAGGAGAAGGAGAUGAAACCAGCCUGUAUAAAAGCCCUCACCCGUAUAUUUAAAAUAUCUGAUCAAGAUAAUGAUGGCACUCUCAAUGAUGCUGAACUCAACUUCUUUCAGAGAAUUUGUUUCAACACUCCAUUAGCUCCCCAAGCUCUGGAAGAUGUCAAGAAUGUAGUCCGAAAACACAUAAGUGAUGGUGUGGCUGAUAGUGGAUUGACAUUGAAAGGUUUUCUUUUUUUACACACACUUUUUAUCCAGAGAGGGAGACAUGAAACUACUUGGACUGUGCUUCGACGAUUUGGUUAUGAUGAUGAUCUGGAUUUGACACCUGAAUAUUUAUUCCCCUUGCUAAAAAUACCUCCUGAUUGUACUACUGAAUUAAAUCAUCAUGCAUAUUUGUUUCUCCAAAGCACCUUUGACAAGCAUGAUUUGGAUAGAGACUGUGCUCUGUCACCUGAUGAGCUUAAAGAUUUGUUUAAAGUUUUCCCUUACAUACCGUGGGGGCCAGAUGUGAAUAACACAGUUUGUACAAAUGAAAGAGGCUGGAUAACCUACCAGGGAUUUCUUUCCCAGUGGACGCUCACGACCUAUUUAGACGUCCAGCGCUGUCUGGAGUAUUUGGGCUAUCUAGGCUAUUCAAUAUUGACCGAGCAAGAGUCCCAAGCUUCAGCCAUUACAGUAACAAGAGAUAAAAAGAUAGACCUUCAGAAAAAACAAACUCAAAGAAAUGUGUUCAGAUGUAAUGUAAUUGGGAUGAAAAACUGUGGGAAGAGUGGAGUUCUUCAGGCUCUUCUUGGAAGAAACUUAAUGAGACAGAAGAAAAUUCGUGAUGAUCAUAAAUCCUACUAUGCAAUUAACACUGUUUAUGUCUACGGACAAGAGAAAUACUUGUUGCUGCAUGAUAUCUCAGAAUCGGAAUUUCUAACUGAGGCUGAGAUCAUUUGUGAUGUUGUGUGCCUGGUGUAUGACGUCAGUAACCCCAAAUCCUUUGAAUACUGUGCUAGGAUUUUUAAGCAACACUUCAUGGACAGCAGAAUACCUUGCUUAAUCAUAGCUGCAAAGUCAGACCUGCAUGAAGUUAAACAAGACUAUAGUAUUUCACCUGCUGAUUUCUGCAGGAAACACAAAAUGCCUCCACCACAAGCCUUCACUUGCAAUACUGCUGAUGCACCCAGUAAAGAUAUCUUCGUUAAAUUGACAACAAUGGCCAUGUACCCAGAGGAUCAUUACAGAGACAGACUCUCCCGAGACACGGGCAACCCUGAUAGGAUAGAGAAUUUGAGAAAAAUCUGGGUCUUUCUAAAAACUGCUUUCCAUGCCCGGUUACGCUGUAUGUGCACCUGCAACAGGUGUACAUUUUGCAUCUGUCAGAACUUCCUCAACUCAGACUUGCUGCAAUCUGUAAAGAACAAAAUCUUCACUGCAGUUCUUAACAGGCACGUGACACAAGCUGACCUCAAGAGCUCCACGUUUUGGCUUCGAGCAAGUUUUGGUGCUACUGUUUUUGCAGUUUUGGGUUUUGCAAUGUACAGAGCAUUGUUGAAACAACGAUGAUUAAAAAAAAAAAUACUGGCCCCACCAAAAACAAAUACUUUUAUGUAUUUAUGUAUGCUUUAAAUUCUGCUAGACAUAUUGAGAUAUUUAUACAUGCAGAGUUACUUUAUUAAUAUUUGUAAUUCAUGCAUAAGAGUAUUUUAAUGAUAGUUAUAACUGCAGUAUUGACUAGCAUUGGAAAGAAACAGCUUAACAGCCAAACUAAAAUGGCUAAAUUUCAGAGGCCAAAAGGGAAUAUUUUGUAAAUAAUGUACAUAUUCAGGCAAGAUAUGGUCUCCCACACUGAAUUCUAGAAAUGAUGUUUCUAGACGUUUCUACAUGGUAUUGUUAGUGUUCAGUUGGCUCAUUCUCCUAGGUCUAAGCUCAGAGAUUGUAUUUACUCAUGGAUUACUUAUUUAUUUCACAUUUUACUCAGAAUGAUCCCUCUGGGUUCUUCAAAGAACACGAGGCACAAUUGGCCAUUUUCUCUCCAUUUUUAAAAACAGAUGAGUCAUGUCAGCUUACACUUCUCCUUCAGCCACUCAUGGUAGGUCAGCCUUGAAGCCAUCGUGCAGUCUAGAAAAUUGCAUAGCUGAGUGUUGAAGUGCUUCUUUAAGGAAGGAGUGAGUUCCUGGCAAUUAGCAGAGGCGUUGCCUAUAUGAUUAUGUUGCUUCCUUUGUCUGUAUGUUGAAUUUUGUAGCCCUUUCAAUCAAAUGAGAAAAAAAGAUUUGUAUAUUAUCAAUGUUUUUAGUUUAAAUAAACAGUCACCAUUCCUACUAUGGAAUUUCUUCCCAAAGUGUGUACAUCAUUCUCCAGUGGCUGUGUCUGUUCUAGUGUCUUAACAAUAGCUGCAUGUGUCAUACCGUUCUCCAUCCGGCUAGGAUAACCUAGAAGCAGCACUUUUGUAAAUGGUAAAGUAAAUCUAAUGAAUAUAAACUCUCAUGAUAAACCUAUUUUUUUCCAUCAUCGAACUUUUCAAGUAUUUAAAUAAAUAACUGCUGUGUACCGUGA